UCAAGAUGGCCGACAAACUCCCUUCGGAGUUCGAUGUGGUGGUGAUAGGGACCGGUUUGCCGGAGUCCAUCGUUGCAGCUGCUUGCUCAAGGAGUGGUCAGAGUGUUCUCCAUGUUGAUUCGAGAAGCUAUUAUGGAGGAAACUGGGCCAGUUUCAGCUUUUCAGGAUUAUUGUCCUGGAUAAAGGAGUAUCAGGAAGAGAGUGAUGAGGAAGAGUGGGCAGCAUGGCAAGAGCUGGUACUGGAAGCAGAAGAAGGUGUUGCUCUUUGUAAGAAAGACCGGACCAUCCAACAUGUAGAAGUCAUUUGUUAUGCCAGUCAGGAUUCAGAUGAACAUGUUGAAGAAGUCGGUGCUGUGCAGAAAAAUCCUGCCUCUGUGACGUCUGCUAGCUCAAAUGACCCUCCGGACUCGAUGGGCACAGCUUGCUCUGAUACGUCUGAAUUAACGGCACCGCUCAGUGAGCCAGAGACUGCACAGGAAGUACCUGAUAUAGAUGUGACACUGGGGAGCGAAAACCAUGGUGGUGAUACGGAUUGUAAUUCCAAACAACAGGAAAAAGCUGACAAUGUACCUAUAGGAGAAGAUGUUGUUGAUGCGCCCAAGAAGAAUAGGAUUACUUACUCCCAAAUUGUUAAAGAAGGCAGGAGAUUUAAUAUUGAUUUGACCUCAAAGCUGCUUUAUUCUCGAGGAUUGCUAAUUGACCUUCUAAUCAAAUCGAGUGUUAGUCGAUAUGCAGAGUUCAAAAAUGUUACCAGGAUUCUUGGCUAUCGAGAAGGGAGUGUAUUACAGGUACCUUGCUCCAGAGCAGAUGUUUUUAAUAGCAAGAAACUCACUAUGGUAGAAAAGCGAAUGCUGAUGAAAUUUCUGACAUUUUGUUUGGACUAUGAACAGCAGCCUGAUGACUACAAAGCUUAUGAGGAAUGUACCUUUUCAGAAUACUUGAAAACUCAAAAGCUGACGCCCAACCUGCAACACUUUGUCCUCCAUUCCAUUGCAAUGACAUCAGAGGUGUCCACCAGCACUCUGGAUGGCCUCAGAGAAACUCAGAAUUUUCUUCGGUGUCUUGGGCGCUAUGGCAACACUCCCUUCUUGUUUCCCUUGUAUGGCCAAGGAGAACUGCCCCAGUGUUUCUGUAGGAUGUGUGCGGUAUUUGGUGGAACCUAUUGUCUUAGCCAUGCAGUACAGUGCCUUGUAGUGGACAAAGAAUCUGGAAAAUGUAAGGCAGUCAUAGAUCAUUUUGGUCAGAGGAUAAGUGCUAAGUAUUUUAUCGUCGAAGACAGUUACCUUACUGAGAAAACAUGUUCAAAUGUGGCCUACAGGCAGAUCUCGAGGGCAGUGCUGAUUACAGAUCGAUCUGUACUGAAGGCAGAUUCCGACCAGCAGAUUUCCAUUUUGACAGUGCCACCAGUGGAGCCGGGAUCUGCUGCUGUCCGGAUCAUUGAGUUGUGCUCUUCCACCAUGACAUGCAUGAAAGGAACAUAUCUUGUCCAUUUGACUUGUCCCUCCUCAAAAACAACAGCAAGAGAAGAUUUAGAGUCAGUCGUGCAGAAAUUGUUCACACCGUAUGCUGAGGCAGAGUUGGAAAAUGAAGAACUAGAAAAGCCAAAUCUCCUAUGGGCCCUCUAUUUCAACAUGAGAGAUUCUUCAGGCAUCAGCAGAGACUCCUAUAAUGACCUACCUUCAAAUGUGUAUGUCUGCUCUGGACCAGACUGUGUUCUGGGAAAUAAGAAUGCUGUCCAACAGGCUGAAACGCUUUUCCGGGACAUCUUGCCAAAUGAAGAGUUCUGCCCCCCUCCACCAAAUCCGGAAGAUAUUGUUUUUGAUGGAGAUGGUAUGCAGCCAGAGGUUCCUGCAGCCAAGCCAGAGGCUGGUGAAGAAAUCACAGGCCAAGGAGAUGCAGAAGAUCACUCGGAAAAAUAGAUGACAGCCACACAGGGGGCCCUGCUUCCAAAAUCGUCUUCAGCGUCCAAAUUGUCUUAAUAUAAGCAAAGUUAAAAAGUGACUGAAAAGCAAUAGCCACACAUCUUUUUGGUUUUUUUUUCCAAAAUCAUAUGUUAAAAGAAACCAGAAGGGUUUCCCCCCCACCCCCUUGAAGCAGGCCAUUGUUGCACAAAGUCAAAACCACACUUUUAAAAGUCAUUUAUUCUUUCUGUUUUAAAAUGUCAGAACUUUUGAGUGAACAGAUCGAAUUUUACAGUGCUUUGUCUCCCAGGAGUCACUAUCCAGGUUAAGGGACCUGAUGAAUUGUUAGCUAGGGUGUAGUGUUCAGACAGCUUUUCCUCAGGCUCUUUAGAAGACUGAACACUUCCCUGGCUUGUUUCCAAUGAUAAUGUUUCAUGAGUGGGCCAGUCGCACACACAUACAUAAGUAAGUAUAGUUUAGAAGAACUAAGGUUAUGUAAGCAAACCAUCUUUGCCCAUAUUUUGCAAUCUGUAGAAGCCUUAUUACGCUUAUUGUUGCCGUAUUCCAGAAACUUUUAUACCUGAGUUUACAAAAGACUGGAGUUCUUUAGCUAUCUUAUUAUUACUAGCUAACAGUAUAUUGUUUAAGUAGAAUGGUUAUCUUUUGUUUGGAAUCUUUUUCUUCAGUUGGAAACCUCAGUAAUAACUAGGAUCAGAAGCAGUGACAGCUUUGAAACUAAGAUUUAGGUGUGUUCUUCAUACUGAACAAAACAAUGGAGACAAAUGGCAGGAGCAGCCCUGACCUGAUUGACGGCUUAGAGACAAAGAUAAAGCCCUCGCCCUGCCAGUUUCUGACUUUGGGCAAACACUUUAACCUCGCUGUGCCUCAGUUUCUCCAUAUGUAAAAUGGUAAUAUCUUUCCUUGUGUACUUGAUGAAAAUUAUGAUGAUAAGAUGCGUUUCUAUAGAGUAUAAAGCUUACUUUUUUCAGGGGAAAAAAAUGUUCUAAAAUUCUUAAGCCUUCUCAGACGAGCAGUUAAACACCCCACACAGUAAAGCAGCCCCAAGCUUCCUAAGAAAACAAAAUCAUAAAUAACUGUUCUUAUUGCCAUGUACCAAGAUUUUGAAAUGAAAAUGCAUUGUCUAAAUGUGUUCAUUUCAGCACAUCAGUUUAUCUUUAUAGUUGGGGGCAUUAAAUAGCUCCUUUAAGAUAUUACUACAUGGAGGUAUGGCUUCAAACUCUUACCAGGGAAGACACUAUGUAAAUCUCCGUCAUACUCCCUUUCUCACAUGCAAAUCCCAAACUGGCGAACAGAACUCUACAAUUAGUCAAAUCUAGGGUGUGUGUAACAGAAAGAACUCUAUAUCUAAAGGCCAAAGCCAGUUAUGAUGACAGUGCUUGUGUAUAUAAAAAAGAUUUCCAGGCCCAGGCAGAUGACCCACUUGAUGGGCAAUAGUCAGUAUCUCUAGAUUCCAGUACCAAAAAAAAAAUUGAAGUUUGUUGGAAUGAGAUUUGACCUGGGUACUCUUUUUCUCUUUAAAAAAGCCAUGGCUGCAUAGGAAAGCACGUGUUUCAGUGUAUCUUAGCUGUAACUUGUCCUCAAAUUUCCCCAUAUUAUAGGAAUCUGCAAGAAAGGAAGCUGGUGCUUUGAUCAAUUCUCUCCCUGGGAAGAGGGAGGAGCAGAAUAUUUUGAAUCUGCACAGGUCAUUUUGAAGCCAGGAAGUAUAGAAGUCUUAACCCCUUCCUCUCUGUGCUCCUCUCACCCCUGCUCCCCACCAUGCCCCUCGCACUUUCAAGGCUAUUUGCUACCAGUAAAUAGUCUUCCCUCUCUGAAUGCAAAAUCUCCCCUAUUCUGCUAUUCUGAUUUUCACAUAUCACGCAUUUCAGGUGUGGUAGAAUCCCCUUAUAACAUGGCUUGUUCUGUGGUUUUACUUCUACCAUGAGUCAGAUUUUAGCCCCUGAAAACCAACUACUGCAUGCAAUGAAAACCUAAUAUAUCUCUCUAUAUAUAACCCUGUUAGUCUUAGAGCUCCAGGUAUUAGUUUUGUCCCUGGACACUAGCAAUAUAAAAGGGUUCUACUGUAUGUGAAUAUUGGGUCUGAAUACAAUUGCAGUAGGCUGCACUAAUUCCCAUGUUCUGUUUUAUUUUAUUCAUCCUAAGUUAGCCUCUUAACUAUAAUACAUAAAUUUAUGCAAACCAUAAGCAAAUCAGGGUAACCCCAGAUAAUAGGAAAAAAAUCAGAGUACUGUACUUUUGGUUUGUUCAGUAGAACAGUGUAGGGUGUACUAGAGGAAGGCUUAACCCAUGUCACACCCUAUUUUAGCCUUUAACCUAUAUGGACAUAGCCUUCCCAAUUACUCUAGGUGCUUGGUGAGGAUUACAUAUGCAAGGGGGCUCCCUGAGUCUGCUAUGGAUAAUCUCCCACCUGUUGUUGAAGUAUGAAAAAAUUUUGAAUCUGGGUCAUGUUGACAUCAAACCUUGUUAUAGACCUUGAUUUACCUCAUUGCAUAACCACCUUGUUGCAUCAGAAUGUAAUAGAAGUUACUCUUUUGGGGAUACCUAUGUUAAGUACUGCUAAUAAAUAUUUGUUUCAAGGAGAAUUUUAUGUUUAAAAGGUUUGUUAUAGAAUCUGCAUCUUCACCUGUAGUUUAUGACAUGCAGUCUGUAUCAGUUUUUAUAAAAAGGAAAUUUAUACAUGAUUAAAAACUUGAAUGGUUAAUUAAAAAUUUUGAAACAGCAUUUUUCAGAGACUCGAUUACUUCACAUGCUUAGGAUAACAUGUUUGGCAAAAAGUGAUAAU